AUGACUGAGACUAUGGAGGAAGUUGAUCUCUGCUUUCCACAACUCCUCAACACCUCCUGCAGGAAGCCAGAAUCUCCUCACACUAAUACUGUGCUUGUUUACAUUGUGCUGUCCUUCAUCUCUCUGCUCACUGCAGCUCUCAACCUGCUGGUCAUCAUUUCCAUCACCCACUUCAGGCAGCUCCACACUCCCACCAAUCUUGUCCUCCUCUCUCUGGCUGUCUCAGACUUUCUUGUGGGCCUCCUGCUGAUGCCUGCUGAAAUCCUGUUGACAGAGACCUGUUGGAUCCUGGGUGACAUCCUGUGUGCUCUGUAUUAUCUGUUACCUAUCAUAAUAAUAUCUGCCUCCGUUGGAAACAUGGUGCUCAUAUCAGUUGAUCGCUAUGUAGCAAUUGUUGACCCUCUGCAUUACCCCACAAAAGUCACUAAUAGAAUAGUUACAAUUUGUAUUUGCCUGUGUUGGAUUUGUUCUGUUUUCUAUGGCAUCAUCCUUUUAUAUGAUAACCUAAAGCAACCAGGCAGGUAUAAUUCCUGCUAUGGAGAAUGUGUGGUGAAUAUUACAGGAGCUGUUGACCUUGUUUUGACCUUCAUUAUUCCCAUUUCUGUCAUCGUAGUUCUGUAUAUGAGAGUAUUUGUGGUGGCUGUGUCUCAGGCUCGUGCUAUGAGGUCCAGCAUUACAGCUGUUUCAAUCCAACUUUCAGUGAAAGUAACAGUUAAAAAAUCUGAGAUUAAAGCAGCAAGAACUCUUGGUAUUGUUAUAGUUGUGUUUCUGAUGUGUUACUCUCCAUAUUACUGUGUGUCUCUCACUGGCCAGGGCAUCAUGAUUGGUACUGCAACUGAGGUCUUCAUGAGUUAUCUGAUGUAUUUUAACUCUUGUUUAAACCCUGUCAUAUAUGCAUUUUUCUACCCCUGGUUUAAAAAAACCAUUCGACUCAUUCUUACUCUUAAGAUACUGCAGCCUGAUACUUGUGACGCCAACAUACUGUAGCCAGAGACUGUAGAAUGAGUGAAAAG